ACGGCGCUCUAUCUGUUUCUGGGGAUGCAUCCUGAUCUGAGCAGUAAUUACCCCAGUAAAGAGACGUUUGAGGAGAUUCAGUUCUUCAGCGGUCACAGUUAUCACCGGGGCAUCGACUGGUAUAUGGAGUAUUUCCCCCUCCCGUCUAACAGCAGCUCUGAUUAUUAUUUUGAGAAAAGUGCCAGCUAUUUCGAUUCGGAUGUAGCCGCGGUCAGAGCUGCAGCGCUGCUGCCCAGAGCGAGAAUCAUCACAGUCCUGAGUGACCCCGUGGAGCGAGCCUUUGCCUGGUACCAGGUACAUCUGCACCCUUCACGU